AUGGCUGACAAUAAAGAACAAAUCGAUAGCGCCACUGGCGAUUCGGGAUAUCAAAAUCCAGAGCAUGAUAUUCAAAGCGAUUUCACGACCACGUUGCCUCAUCCCGGUGCGGGAGAUAUUUUCAAUGAAUCUAGAGCAAAUUUUGGGGAAUUAGAUGUAGAAAAUAAAGAAGUCAGAUUAGAGGAAUUCGGUACACCAAAAUCUGAUCGGGUUAAAAUCAACACAGUAACAGUAAACAAUGAGUUGCUAAUUAAUUUGAUUGAAUCAAUACAAGAAAUGAAAUCGCAAAUUCAAAGCAUGGCGAACGAAGUCGCGAAAAAUAAUCAGGCGACAAUCGAUCUGAGAGCUGAAUUUUCAGAAAAAUUGACCGUCAUGCAGGCGAAAAUUGCCAGCGACGUCGAAAAUCUGGAAAAUACGGACAAAUUACACAGUCCAAAUACAGAAAGCACUCGGAUUCAUCCACGAUUGACAGACAUUCCGGAAGAAAAGGAAGAAGAUGAAGAGUCGGAUGAUGAAGAGCAGGAGCACCAACAGAAACAGACCUUCCGAAACGAGAUGACGUCAACCAACAAAAUAAAAAUUAAAGCUCCUACUUUUGAUGGGUCGAGCAAUAAGCGGCCGAUAAAAUUCAUAAAAGAAUUUCGGCAUUAUUGCGAGGUGACGAACCCAACGUUCACCGAAAUGAAGUACUUACUCAGCCAAUCACUUGAGAAAGCCGCCAAGGAAUGGUGGGAACUGGUCGAGGACCAGGUUAAUAGUUUUGAAGACGUCGAAAAACGAUUUAUAAAUCGAUUUUGGAGCCAUGAUGUGCAACGAAGAGUGCGUAAAGACCUGGAAUUUGGGAAAUAUCCUGAAAAGCCAGGCAAAUUAACAAAAGUGGAAUAUGCAACUCGGACGUUCGGAGCGGCCCGUGAUUUGAUUCCACCACCGAGCGAUCCGGAUAUUGUUGCAUCGCUUUCUCAGCACUUCACCGAGGAGAUUAGAGCCACGAUCAUAAGUCGUGGGUUCGAAACCCUCGAACAAUUGAUCGAAUUCUUGGAGAAACUGGAUCAAAGUGGGCCUGUAAACACUGGAACUGAGGAAGGAAAACCUCAAAAUCAAAAACCAAACAAUGACAAAAAUGAGCAGCGUCCAUUCCGAAUGCCUCAAAAUAACUGGAACAACAAUGGUUACCAGAACAACAAUAACCGUGGAAAUUCAAACUGGCAACAGAACAACCGCCAGAAUUGGAAUCAGAACAAUGGAGGCUACCAAAAUAAUCGGGGAUACCAGAACAACGGUUGGAACAACCAACAAAAUCGGGGCUAUAAUCCUAAUUACAACCAGCGUCCGAACAACGGAAAUUUCAAUCGAAAUGCCCAAAAUAGAAGACAAAACGGAAACAAUUGCCCAAACAACAGUCCUCAGCCAAAUCAGAAUCAAAAUUGGGGAUCGUCGAACCAAAAUCGGGGACCACCUCAAAACAACGGGGGAUAUCGGCCACCUGCGAGUAAUAAUACGCAGCAACCACCGAUUCAAACGAUUGAGGCGCAAAUAGAACCUCAACCAUCAACAUCGAAAGCGGGAAACGCGUAG